AUGGGUCCUAAUAUGAAAAACCUGAAAAAGCGCAAAGUCGUCGCCGCGCCCAGAGUUGAAGAGAUCAACUUCGACUCGGAAAACCGCCAGGAAUGGUUGACUGGAUUUCACAAGCGCAAGGUCCAGCGUGCUAAGCACGCAGCGGAGAAUGCUGCGAAGCAAUACAAGGAAGACAAGAAGGCUAUGAGAAAGAAGGAGCGCAAAAAAGAUUUCGAGCAAGCAAUGGACGAGCACUCCAAAGUACUUCAACGCAUGAAAGAAGACGCCGGCGAUAUCAGUGACGGUGAAGAAAGUGCAGACGCUUGGGAAGGAAUCGAAGAACCCCCAGCCGUGGACUACGAGGCCGAAUAUAUCGACGAAGACAAAUACACCACAGUAACAGUUGAGGAGAUGGACGCAUCACGGGAAGGCUUGCUCAAGUCUGCGCAUGAAAAUGAUACCGACAUGGACGAAGAGACGGAGAAGCCAGUUGAAACCAAAGAGGCCGAGACCAAAACUGCCAAAAAGAGGAAGCCCCGGAGUGCUGCCUCAGAGGCAGCGAGGAAGAAGAAGAGAAAUUUCCGCUAUGAGAGCAAAGAGGUGCGCCGGGAAACACAGCGAAAGCAGCGCAACGUCAAGUCCAAAAAGGCCAAGGCACGGAAGGAGAAGGAUGCUUGA